AUUUCUGUCCUUUACGAUUUUAUUCUGAUUAAUGGAUGACCUACCUAAAAUAAAGAAAUUUUUAUCAGUUAUUUAGCAGACCAGAUUCUAAUUUUGCCCCUCCGGAGAUCUCAGAUUCACAUCCCGAGCAAAUCAUUAGUAAGUAAAGAGGGAAAAAAAACAACAAAAAAACAAUGGACCUAUGAUGACUUUUUUUUUAUCACUACCAUAUUCGAAUCUGAUGCUAUGCUGAUACACCUGUUGCACCUUUAGUCCCGUCUUUUGUGAAAACGACUCUCAGAGUGCCUCAUUUUUUUUAAAGAAAGAAGAGAAAAGAAAGUAAGAAACUUUUUUUAAUCUAACGGUUUCUUCCGAGCCGAUUCACCGCCAACUCGGGGGAAUAAGCCACCGACAUUUAUCAGCUGCCGAAACGACUGUGAACUCUGGUGACAUUUAGCCUGCAGAGCGGCGUGAAGCAGAUACCUUGGUGACUUUUCCCCCCUUUUUCAACCUUUGUCUACGCACGUAACGUUUGUCAGUGUACCUGUGGCGAAUCAGUGGAAGUGAACUGCGUAAAACUUCUCUUCGCUUUGCUUCUCGUUUUGACCUCAAGAUUUUAUUUUAUUCUAUUUUAUUUAUUUUUUUCAUGCUUCUUUCAUAGUCAAAGUACGCAAUCCGCGCACGACCUUUACCAAUGUCUAAAAGAGAUGAUCGUGAGUUAGCACUUUAGGACCGAUUGUGUGUGUUUCGCGUCACUUUUUCUUUUGUCCAUCGGAACAUAUUUGCAUCUGUUCGUCGGCUAAACAUAUGAAACCUUACUUGGAUAACAUUGCACUGGUUAUUUUCGAUUUGGAUUAUUUUCCGUGAUUUCUAUGUAUAUCGGCGACAAAUGUACAUUAAAACAGAUUUCCUCUCCAAUAUUGUUGCCCAAUUUUUUUGGCCUUUAUUCCUGAGAAGGUUUUCAACAAAUAUGGUGCUGCAUUUGCCAUGACAUCCCUUACAAAUGGUCCAGUGAUUUCAUCCACACUAGAUGGUAGCUGUGAAUCUGGAAGCGGUGCAUCAUCUGGUCCCCAUAGUGACUAUCUAGAUAGUCCUCAAUGCUCACCACAAAACCCAAAUCGUACCUGUGAUAGCAAAGCUAACAGUGAUGCGGGGGAUGUUGGGAUUAAAGAGGAACCCCCCAGUCCGGUGAGCAUCAGUGAUGUUCUAAAAUUGACCACCGGUCCCGGUCCCCUGGACUUGGGUUCUGGACUCUCCUUUUGCGGCAAGAGCAGCUCUUGCAGCUCUGACUGGGCAACUAAAGUGAAAGAGUGGCAAACUGCUGAACAGUUGACGAGAAUGAGAGAUGAAGAACCUUUGUUGAAAAAUGGGGGAGAUAGAAAAUUCAACGAACUCUGCGUUGUAUGUGGAGAUAAGGCCUCGGGAAGGCAUUAUGGAGCUGUGAGCUGUGAAGGAUGCAAAGGCUUCUUCAAAAGAAGUAUCCGCAAACAGCUAGGCUAUGCCUGUAGAGGGAAUCGUGACUGUGAGGUGACGAAGCAUCAUCGUAAUCGCUGUCAAUACUGCCGUCUUCAAAAGUGCCUUACCAUGGGCAUGCGUGCAGACUCUGUCCAAUCUGAAAGGAAGCCAGCUGAUUCCAGGGAGAAAACUGUAACCCCACCUAUGGCAGCAAGUUCUCAAAGAAUUUAUGUACGUAAAGAUUUUCGAUCUCCUCUUGCUGCUUUGCCAACAUUCAGCUCUGAUAAGGACACCAGGAACGUUAAUGUUGGAAAAUCAGAUUUAAGUACUUUAGCUAACGUAGUAACUUCAUUAGUUGCACUGAAGCAAAAUCCUGGAGAUCAGAGUCACUGCGAUGUACCACUAGUCACUGCCAAUGGGGAAUCCCAUAGCAGAUUGCUGCCAAAAGACAGCAACAACGUCAUAUCCAAAGCUUUUGACACAAUGGUUAAGGUUGCAGGUGGUUGUUCUGAUCAGUUGUCUUUACCGUUGGAACCUGAGAAUGAUUCAUUAUUUGAAUUCGAUGGUCCAUUACUUUUAGACUCUCAUGUAGCGUUUCAUCUAACGACUCCUAAUCCAGGAUCAUCUUACCUCAACGUCCACUAUAUAUGUGAAAGUGGGUCUAGGCUUUUAUUUCUUUCAGUCCAUUGGGCCAGAUCAAUACCUGCUUUCCAGCUACUGCAGCCAGAAAUACAGGCUACAUUAGUUCGGAGUUGCUGGAGCGAGUUAUUUACAUUAGGUUUGGCCCAAUGUUCUCAAGUUAUGUCUGUAAAAACUAUUUUCUCAGCGAUAAUCAGUCAUUUGCAGUCAAGUGUACAGCAAGAUCGAUUAUCUGCGUCUCGAGUAAAACAAGUCACUGAUCAUAUAUGCAAAUUACAAGAUUUUGUAAAUUCUAUGCUUCGAUUACAAGUUGAUGAACAUGAAUAUGCCUAUUUAAAAGCAAUUGUUCUUUUCAGUCCAGAUUAUCCCUCUCUCCCCAGUGCAAGACAAGUUGAGAAAUUUCAGGAAAAAGGGUACCAAGAACUACGUUCUUAUAUUGGUCAAACAUUUCCUGAAAACAACGAUCGAUUUCCUAAGUUGCUUUUGAGAUUACCUGCUCUGCGAUCCUUACAACCAUCGAUCACUGAAGAAUUAUUUUUCUCUGGCCUCAUCGGAAAUGUGCAAAUUGAUAGUAUCAUUCCCUAUAUAUUAAGUAUGGAUUCCAGUGAAUACACACCAGAAAUGGGUUCAUCUGUAGGAGGACAUACGCCAGGGAGUAAUCUUCCACAGUGAUCAGCAAAAGUGACCUUCCCACUAAUGUGACAUCAUAUUUAAUAACUUUAUCUCCUUCAUGAAUUUAUCCUGUACAAAAGUGAUUAGUUAUACUUGAUGCUGCUUCAUUGUAGAUGUGAAAAAAAUUUUUGAUGCCCAGUUUUUAAGAAAUGAUAUUUUAGUAAAUUGUUGUAUGUUUAAACAUCAUACACUAGGGAUGGGAUGGGUAACCCUAUUCGUGUUAUGUGUAGCAAUUUGUUAAUUGUUAAUUAUUUUGUACGUUAUUUGGAGCUUUUCUUCUUUCCCUACAAUUCCCGGUGUAACUUAGAUUUAUGUUCAAAAUUUAUGUAUGACAGUGUUUAUAUGUUUUUGAAGUUAUCUGCGAAAAAGCAAUAUUUUGUAGAUGUAAAUUUUAUUGGGUUUUUUUUUGUUUCUUUUUUUUUAAAUUUUUGAAAGAUUUUUAGAUUUUGUUAUUAGUUGGUUAUCGGCAUGGCUCACAAUUAUUCAAAAUUUUUAUUUGUGUUUGAGAUGUAUAAUAAGUCAUUAACUGGAUUUGUAUUUAUAAAGUGAUUUGGGACUUGAUAUUUAUAUUUGAAUCAUCAUGUGUAUAUAGCUUCUUACGUCUUUAGAUGUACUUCAGUCAAUAACAUGGUCAAUAUUUCGAUAAGAGGCGAAAAGGCUGCGUUAAAAGUGAAUACUAUUGAUAACUCGCCUUUCAGAGCUACUACUUUUGAAUCAUUUAAUGUAUUUUAUGGUUGAAAGCUUACAUUUCAUCUCUUUGCUGUAGAAGUAAAUGAAUUUCUUUGUUAUUGUGAGUGAAAUCAUGCUCUUAAUAUAAUGUGUAUGUAUUUUUGUCAAAAAUAUGUUUAGGUUAUGUAUAACAUAACCUAGAAGCCACUGGUGCUGCAGUAUUCAUUGUACAAUAUUAGAUCUGUGAUAUUGUAAUCUGAUGUGACGUUGUGAUGUUAUUCUUAGGAUGUAUUAUUCUAUAUUUUGUGAUUCUUUCAUUUAAUGUCUGAGAGUAUGCUUAAUACAUGUUAAAGAAUUUUAACUCAAAAAAAUUGUUUCCUGAAGACUUAUUUGUUUGAAAUUUGAAAGAUGUUUUUUUUUUUUUUUUUUUUUUUUUUUUUACUGAUUUAUUCUAGUCUUCUAAAGAAAUAAAAAUUUAAACAUUUUCAAAAUUUUUGUAAUGUGCGAUUUUUAUUACCUUUAUUUGUUGAAUAAUUUGAUUAUUAAUUGAUUUUAAUUUAAUUAUCUAUGAAUUAUACUAAAUGUAAUCAAUUUUAAACAUUUUUAUUAUUUUGCAGUUUUAUAUACCUGAUGGACAUAUACACUUUUUGGAAAUAAAAAUGGAUCAUUUGUUUCAAAUACAUCAUUAAUAUGUAUUACCCUUCAUUUAUUAUAUAAAAUUCGUUCUGUAUAUUAGAGAAGACCUUUAUUAUCCUCUUCCAAAUUUAUUCCAAAUGAAACAUAUUCAUUGAAAGUUGCCAUCAAUUUUCCUGAGAACUUUAGAUGUACUCCUUAUUGAAAAGCUGGUUGUAAUAAGGAUUCUUAUGCAUAUAAUUUAUCACUCCCUUAGAAUAAAAAGCUAUGUAAGAAAUGUGAGAAGUGUCCUUAAUUCCGCAGUAUUUUAGAAAAAUAAAUAAUGUUUAAGUUUUGUGUCACACCUUUACUUUUUUUCCAGUAUCAUGUAGCUUCUUUUUUUAACUCCUAUGUUUCUGUAAGAUAAAGAAGAGAAUCCGCUGUUUGUUUAAUUUUUAAAACGCCCAUUUUUAUCCUUAACAUUAAAAUGCUUUAUAUAAAUUAAUUUCUUUUAAAAUGACAUUUAAGAACUGAUAUAUAUUAGAUUUAUUAUUCUUAAUUAAUUAAAAUCUUGAAUAGACAAGAAAUUAAUUUUAAUUUGUUGGCAUUUUUACUAUCUUAAAAUAAUGUAAAAUAAUUGUAGCCUUCCUAACAAUAAAGAUUUAUUGAAAAAAAUUUAUUUUCAUUACAUUUUUCACAGAUGGAUGUUAUUUGCAAAAUUUGUUUUUCUUAUUUCUGUAGUUGCAUUUAUCUAUUUGAAAGAAAAUUAUGAUUUAUGAUAUUUUUAUUUCAUUUUUAACUAUGUCCCCUGAAUAUUGUAACAGUUUUAUUGUCUCCUGAUGCACUUUUCAGAAUUUUUUUAUCGACAUUGUAGUUAUUAACAUUGAACAACAAAUUAAAAUGUUCUAUAAUAUUUGCAUUAUGUAUCUUUGCUACUGAAUGGAUUGAGCUUGACAUCAAUUGAAUAUGAAACCAUUUGUGGUAUUUCCGAAAUUUUUUCUAUACUAGGCAUGCAUUAAUAUUAGACCUUUUUUUCAUCAGAAAAUUGCUCAAACAUCUUUUUCAUGAAAUAAUUUCAAGAUGCUCCUGAAUUUCAGUUUUGUUGAAGUACAAAAGUCAUUGCUAGAAUAUUUCAUUUGACAAAAUGUAUCUAUUGUCUUUUUGAAUUUUGUUAUACUUUUUUUUACGUUACAGAUGGUUUAUCUUUUGAAGGCUCGAUUCUCCCUGAAAGUGUCUUGAUAUAUUUUAGUAUGAGUUAUUAUAUAAAGUUUUAUGAAGGUGUUCUUUUGAAUUUCGUCUGUGAUUAUGUGUGAUAAGAAUGGUAUCUUUUGUAUUUAAUUUGUUUUAUUUAUAAAGAAAUGAGAAAUGUUUUGUAUUCAAUUUUAUGGGUCUUUUGCUUUAAAAAAUUAAAGCCCAAAAAUGCUGCUUUUUUUAAAAUCUUAUUUAAUGUCUAUCCUUUUAUGAUCAGAAAAAAAUAUAUCUAUCAAAGGAUUUGUUACUCGAAGAUAUAUAUUACUAAAUCAUUUUAAAAUGUUAUAAAGUUAAAACUACUGAAAUAAUUAUUGUGUUAUACAAUAUCUGAAAGCUUAAAAUGUUAGUACUGAAGAUAUGAAAUUAACUCAAAUUUUUAACUGAUCGUUAAUUUGAUAAUUUAUUAUUUAUUAACUUUAAAGUUUUUAAAAAUUAAUUAGAAAAAUUAUGGUAUAAGUGAUUUCCAUUAUUCAUUUCCACUGAUAUUUAAAAUAUAUAGCAAAAAAAAAAAAAAAAUCUGGAAUCAUAAUUCUAAAUAAACUCUUUUCAAAAUUGUAUGCCAGCCUAAUAUUUCAAAAUUUACAUUAAUUUCAUUUUCCCUUUUGAUUUUUUCCCCAUGACUCUUUUCAGAAUAGAUAAUUUUUUAUCACUAAUUAACGUCUAAUAUCAAAAACGUUUAAAUGAUGUAUCGAUUGACUUUUACGCUUUACACGUGUCCUUAACUUACCAAGUUUAAAUAAAUCCAUAUCAUACUUCACUUGCUUUCUAUAUUUUGUCUUUAUUUUGAAUGAAAGUCAAUAAUAUUUUGAUCUCACUUUUAAUAAUUUGGAAUAAUGAAUGCUUGAAUAUUGCAUGUAUUGUUGAAAAGAAAAUGUAUGUAUUUGAUUUCAGUUUUCUUAAGUUUUCUACAAAUUUUCCUGUUUUGCUUUUCUCUAUUUUUUUGUUACUAUUUUUCAUUAACUAUAUUAAUAUCCUUUCUUAAGUCAGUUUGUCAAACGCAUUUAUAACCAUGCUUUCAUGAAAAAUUUCAACAUGGUAAACUACAUUUUGUAUAUUUAAAACCUGCGCCGUUAUUUAUAUUUUUUGUGAAAAAUAUAUUUUAUCUCACAGAUGAAAAUAUGUGCAACUAUUAAACCAUCACCAAUUUCCUUAGUAAAUAUUUUACCUUGAAAUUUAAUGCAUAUAAUUAUAGGAAUCGUGGUUGUUUUUAGUUUUAGUUAUGAUCUUGCAAUAUGUUGAUCUCAUAUAAAUGUUUACGAGCAUUUUAGUAAGAUUUUGCGAUUGAAUAGAUAUUGAUGUAAAUUUUCUUAAAAUGAGCCUGGAGAUGCUGUACUUUAAAUAUAUUUGUUUGGUUACCUAACUCAUCCCUGUUGUGUAGUGUUGUAUCAAGGCACAAACUUCAGUAUUUAGAAGUAUCUCAGGUUUUAUAAAAACUUUCAAAGAAGGAAAAUGCUUUUUAAAUUUGCUCCAUUGAAAAAAAAUAUUCAAGCCUUGUCCAUUUUUCAUUAUCAGUUUUUGGUAGUCUAUAUGAAAGGCUACCUUUAUGACUUUUUCAUCUGAUCCCGGUUGCUGUGUAGUUCAGCAAAAAUGGUUGUAUACUAGAUAAUUUAUAUGAUUCAUAGCUUUGGAAACCAAGGAUUAAAUAUAUUUGAGUGAU